CUGCGCGGCCCCGGCGCUCGCCCCCGCUGCGGGCGCAGAUCCACAAGCGACGCGUGGACGCGCCUGCAGAGAACCAGUCGGAGCGACGUGGAUCCGGAUCAGAAGUGAGCUGAGCUGAUCUGAGGAUGAAGAGAACAAGCUUCCUGCUGAUGUGUGGAGUCGUGCUGAGCUUCAGUCGGGCUCAGUCGGAGGGCGAGGAGACGACUGUGGAGGAGGAACAUGUCGAGCUCUUCACCACACCAAUAACUAAGUUGGGUGCCGCCACCUCCGACUUCGGCUACAACCUGUUCCGAGCUCUGGCGAGUCGCGAUGCCACGACCAACGUCUUCCUGGCCCCCAUCAGUGUGUCUGCAGCGCUGACCCAACUGUCCAUGGGAGGCUCUGAGCCGGCGGAGCGGCAGCUGUUCCGGGCUCUGAGGUAUCACACCCUGCAGGACCCUCAGCUCCACAACACCCUGAGGGACCUGCUGGCCUCCCUGCGCUCGCCUGGGAAAGGCCUGAGCAUCGCUGCCCGUCUCUACCUGGCUCGACGACUUCGUCUGAAGCCGGAGUUCUUGGCGCUCGUGGAGCAGCAGUAUGGCGUUCGUCCAAAGGGAGUGCCGGUCGGAGCCAAAGAAGUGAAAGAAAUCAACGAAUGGGUGUCUCAGGAGACCGGCGGGAAGGUGCAGCGCUUCCUGGCCAAAUCCCCCUCCCGGAACCCCUCCGUGAACACUGUGAGCGCCGCCUACUUCAGAGGGAGGUGGGUCACUCGCUUCAGUAACAGUGGAGUCAUGGACGACUUCCAGGUGGACGGCGCGGCACCUGUUCGCAUUCCCAUGAUGCAGCAGGACAACUACCCCGUGAAGAUGGGAGCCGACUCAGACCUGAGCUGCACGAUCGCUCAGAUCCAGAUGCAGAACGACGUCAGCAUGUUCAUCUUCCUGCCGGACGAGGUGAUGUCCAACAUGACGCUGCUGGAGGAGAGCCUGACCGCUGAGUUCGUUCAGGACCUUUCCAUGACGCUGCUCCCAGCCCAGGUGUCCCUCACACUGCCCACCCUGAGGCUCAGCUACUCCACCGACCUGCUGCCACUGCUCAGCGACCUGGGUCUCACUGAUUGGUUGGACAACCCGCAGCUGGAGAAGAUCUCAGAUCAGGCCACCAAGCUCACCAGCGUCAAUCACAAGGUCGUCAUGGAGACAGCACCUGAAGGCAACCAGUACCCGGGCGCCACCUCGACAUCCCACCACCUGUCGUACCGGGUGGACCGCCCCUUCCUCUACCUGAUCCGGGACGACGUGUCGGGGGCGCUGCUCUUCAUCGGCAGAGUGGUCAACCCCAAAGACCUGAGGAUAUAAGACACAUUCCCAUAAUGCAUUGCCCAGCCAUUUACCCUUCACCUCAACUCAACCCUCACCUCAACCUUCACCUAACCCUCAACCCUCAACCUUCACCUCAACCUUCACCUUAACCCUUAACCCUCAACC